GACUACCGUUUAACUCCAGCGAAGAAGAAGAAGAAGCCUCCGCUGUGCAGAGCAUCUGAAAUGGCUCGUCUAUUACACUCAGAAAUUGUUAUUUUCACUGUUUUGUUUGCCUUAAACACGGAUUUUGUUUGUUGUAAUACCGGUCGAAGAGUUGGCGAUGUUAUGGACACUGAAUUAAGUGGUUUCUCCGUGCCCCUUGAGCACUCAUUUGAAGUCGAUGAUGUAGCAAAGUUUCGUGUGCGUGGAGCGCUGGUGUUGAAAGCUGGCAGGGAGCACAGCCUCUCACUCAGUCAGAACCAGCUUUCUGAAGAAGACAGGGUCAAACUGAAGGAAGUGGCUGCAGUGGACGGUCUGUACAGAAUCAGAGUUCCUCGUGUUUUCCUGCAGGCAGACCGACAGACAGAGCGCCAGAUGGAGGGAUACCUCACAGCAUUUGUCAGAGCUUGUGCCAUGGUUGAGUCCCAUCUGAGCGACGUCAUCAGCAUCCACACUGACGUGUCUGGGUACCUAAUUGGCAUCUCCAUAGUGACAAUACCUGGAGCCUGCAGGGGCACCGAGGUCGAGGAUGAAGUUGAUCUUGAGAUUUUCAACACCACACUCAGCAUAAUGGCUCCUGUUAAUGCACCAGGGCCCGAGACAGCUCUGUUCCUUGAACGAAUGGAUCUGGAAACUGCGAAGAAAGAAAAGAAUCCACAGGAGCAGAAAUCGUUCUUUGCUAAAUAUUGGAUGUACAUCGUGCCGCUUGUUCUCUUCCUGAUGAUGUCAGGCGCUCAGGACCAAUCAGGCGGAGGAGCCGGGGGUGGGGCAGCUAAUGGAGGUGGCAGAUGAUGGACUGGACAACAGUUUCUUUAUUGUACUAAACAUUUUCUGAAGAAUAACUGGCUUUAGACAGAUUAACAUUGCUGUACAGAAUUCUGUUUAAGGAGGAUUAAUACACAAACACAAGUUAAACCCAUAGGUGACUGCAUUUUUAAUACUGAUGUGAAAAUAAAGUAUUUAUUACUUGACACUGAU